AUGUCAGCAUCCACCGAGAAAGAAUACAUCGGUAGCUGCCACUGCAAGACAUUCCGAUACAAGUUCGCGCACCCGGCAUUUGAGGACGGGCAGCGGGAGAUCGAUACUUGCACCUGUAGCAUUUGCGAGCAGAAAGGGGCGAUCUGGGCCAUGGUCCCCCAGGACAAAUUUGCGCUAACGCAGGGGAAAUUCGAAGAGUUGACCCUCUACGAGUUUCACAAGAAGAAGUUCAAGCACUACUUCUGCCCCGUCUGCGGGGUUCAGAUCAUACUCACCGUGCCAGACGAGCAGAUGGUCUACGUCAACGUCCGCACGACGGAUAGUGUAGACGUGGGCAGGCUGAAGCUCAAGGUGUUUGAUGGGAAGAAUCUGUUAUGAGCUUCGUGAGCGACAUGUAUUGCCUAUACUCCUUGAAAGACAAGCCAGGGUGCCUCGAU